AAAAAAAAAAAAAAAAAUACGCGAGGAGCCUGCCACAGCUCGCAGCAGCAGGAUGAGCGUGUUUUCUGUAGGGGGAGCAGAACAGUGUGUUUGAGUGGGACAUGGCAAACGGAGGGGACCAGUUCGGCCUUGCAGAGCGUCCGGACUCGGACUGCAUGGAUUCCCCUAAAGAGACCAAACAGGAGAACCAGAGCUACGCUUUAAACUCUCCAGCUUCACCGCAGACAGCGUCCAGCCAGCAGGUGAUGGAGGGAAUCAAAGUUUUCCUUCACGACAGGGAACUCUGGACGAAGUUUGAUGAAGUGGGAACUGAAAUGAUCAUUACCAAGGCUGGAAGGAGGAUGUUCCCCAGUUACAAGGUGAAGGUCACAGGACUCAACCCAAAAACCAAGUACAUACUACUCAUGGACAUAGUGCCGGGGGAUGACCACCGCUACAAAUUUGCAGACAACAAAUGGUCGAUAACGGGGAAGGCAGAGCCCGCGAUGCCCGGGAGGCUCUACGUCCAUCCGGACUCUCCUGCCACCGGGGCGCACUGGAGCCGCCAGCUCGUCUCUUUUCAGAAGCUCAAACUCACCAACAACCACCUGGACCCCUUUGGACAUAUAAUACUCAACUCCAUGCACAAAUACCAGCCUCGUCUCCAUAUCGUCAAGGCGGAUGAGAAUAACGGCUUCGGCUCAAAAAACACAGCUUUCUGUACCCACGUCUUCUCUGAGACUGCCUUCAUCGCCGUGACGUCCUACCAGAACCACAAGAUUACUCAGUUGAAGAUUGAGAAUAAUCCUUUUGCAAAAGGCUUCAGAGGCAGCGACGACAAUGAGCUGCAUCGCAUGGCCAAGCUACAAGGUAAGGACUACCCAGUGGUCCCUCGCAGCACCGUCCGUCAGAGAGCGUGUUCUGCCGGGAGUCCAUUCAGUGGGGAGGUUCAGGGUCUGCGGUGCUCCCCCGAAGCCGCCACAUCCCCGUACAGCUGUGAGAACGGCUUGAACAGCAGCAGUCCUCAAGAGCUGCUGAGCGCUCCUCCAGCCCACUACAGCCUGCCUCAUCCUCAUCCUCACCUGCAGCACGGCCAGCCACUGCAGGUCUACCACUGCACCAAGAGGAAAGUGGAGGAAAACUGUUCUUCAGGAAACCGCCAGCACCCGUACAAGAAACCCUUCACUGGUAGUUCACCAAGUGAGGGCGAGUCUUACUAUCACCCCUCCUCCUACCCCCCUCCUCCACCACCCAGUCUAUCCAACAACCCAGCCCUGGGUCUCACUGACUCCCCCUACAGCUCAGACAUGGGACAGCGUCAGGCGUGCAUGUUUGCUGGCUCAGAGCCCAGACUGGAUGAACUAAACUGUGCAUCCUGGUCAUACACCUGCCCGCUCCCUUCUGCCAUGACCCCCAUGGAACCCUACCCACCUUAUACCCCUCAUCCUCCCUACAGCUCCAGCCCUCAGGGCUCUCGGCUCAGUGCUAUAGUCCACCAGAGCUCUCCACCACUGGGAGAGCCCAUCGCUCAUGACCCCUACCAGAGCCAGAGCGCCGGACCUCCACCUCAGAGCUCCCAAAACAUUCACAGCAGGCAGCUCAGCCCACCUCUCAGAGAGUAUCCUCGCUACACCCCCAACCUGUCUCCUCCUCUUUACCACACACUAGAGACGCACACACACAUCAGGUGUGGGGUACCUGAGUGGAGUGCAGCCUCCUAACUGAACCAGAG